AGUUGGUUCUACUAACUCUUUUAUUUCUCUUUCGCAGAAGCCGGAACGGGUCUCUGCUUGCUCAAACCUACCAAGAGCACCUCUCUCUACAGAGACUACACCGACGGGGAGACCGUUAAUAUUCCAGAAUCGCGCUUAAAGCUUUUGGAAUGGAAAAUAUUGCUAUAAGCAGCACAGAGCUAAGGAUCCAAUCAACGGAAGAUGUGUCGUUAGAUGUUGCGAAGGGAUCCUCAGUGGUUUCUUCUUCUGUGUUACACAGAAGGAUCGAGUUCCAUCCUGCUAGAAAACCGUUUACUGGGUUGGGAAAUAGCGGUGCUGGUAGCGAUUUUCGAAUUGAGACUCUAAACCCUGAUUCUGGUCGUCAUAGGCCUCCGGGUGGGAGCUCUUGUCAGACAGGGAAGAAAGUCGACGGAAUGGAUUUCGUGGAGAAUGGGCUUGAUCCGGAGCUCAGUUUUGGGAUUACUUUCAGGAAAAUUGGCGCUGGUUUGCAAAAUGUUGGAAACACAUGUUUUCUCAAUUCGGUGCUGCAGUGUUUAACAUAUACUGAGCCUUUGGCAGCAUACUUGCAAAGCGGCAAACAUCAAAACUCAUGCCAUGUUGCUGGUUUUUGUGCGUUGUGUGCCAUCCAGAAACAUGUUAGUCGUGCUUUACAAUCAACUGGGAGGUCACUAGUACCUAAGGAUCUUGUAUCAAACUUGCGGUGCAUAUCACGGAACUUCAGAAAUGCCAGACAAGAGGAUGCUCAUGAGUACAUGGUAAACUUGCUGGAGUCGAUGCAUAAAUGCUGUUUGCCUUCAGGAGUUCCUAGUGAAUCACCUGCUGCUUACGAAAAGAGUUUGGUGCACAAAAUCUUUGGUGGUCGCCUCCGUAGUCAGGUGGAAUGCCAACAAUGCUCGUACUGCUCCAACAAGUUUGAUCCAUUUUUAGAUUUAAGCCUUGAAAUUAUUAGGGCAGAUUCUUUGCCUGUUGCGCUUCGACACUUUACUGCUGCAGAGUUGUUAGAUGGAGGAGAGAAGCAUUAUCAAUGCCAGCGAUGCAAGCAGAAAGUUAGAGCCAAGAAACGGCUUACAGUCCACAAGGCUCCAUAUGUGCUUACCAUCCAUCUAAAGCGCUUUCAGGCACAUGAUCCUGGAAGGAAAGUUGAGAAGAAAGUCUUAUUUGACCGUUCGUUGGACAUGAAACCAUUUGUCAGUGGUUCCUAUGAAGAAGAUUUGAAGUACAGUCUCUACGGUGUGCUGGUGCACCAGGGUCAUACUACUCAUUGUGGGCACUAUGUUUGUUAUGUUCGAACAUCAAGUGGCAUAUGGUAUCUCUUGAAUGAUAUGGAGGUUCGCCCAGUCAGUGAGAAGACUGUUCUAGACCAGAAGGCAUACAUGCUCUUCUAUGUCCGCGAUAGAAAAAAUAUCAUUUCAAGAAAGCCUGUUGAUAUAGUGCCGAAAGAAAAUACGAAAGCAACUGCUGGCAGUAACAUUACAAAUGUGGUUCUGAAGCAGUUGUCAAAGGAAUGUGAGGAUAAUGGUUCAGUUGGGAAUCGAUCAGUGGCUGCAGGCUCUGCUGCUGCUGUUAAUAGAAAAGAUCCACCAAGUUUUGGUGCAUCGGAAGAGAUCCUUCAGAAAGAAGCACUGAAUCGAGCAACAGUUUCAGAAUGCUUAGUAAGAAAAUCAGAUACAGAUGCAGAGCCUCCAGUUUCACCCUUACCUAAAAACCUGUCAAAAGGAGGUCAUCCAAACCCUGAUCUGGAGCACUCUUUUCCAUCUUCAGCCCCAUCCGUAAAGAGAAACAGCAACACUGCUAAAGUUGACAACAGUAUUGUCAAUGUCAAAAGUGACUGUAGGGAGUUCUCUUCUGAUAGCAAAGAGCCCCAAAAUUCACCUAUUGAAAAGCUUGUAAAGGAUGAGGCGCCAGAAAAGAUCAAUCACAUCUUAACUGAGGGAGUUGAUGAAACAGAGAAGAUCCAAAGACAUUCUCAAUCUGUCGAUUCUAGUGACAACGCAUUGAACAAAAUAGAUUGUGGGAAAUCACCAAAUGAACCUAGCUGUAAAAUCAGUCAGGCUGGAGGGUUUCGUGAUAAGGGUGCUACUUUCAGUUCACCUGGUGAUGACACAGGGGAUAGUAGUGAACGAGUAGCAAAUGAGUUGGUUGUAUCAUCAAUCCCAUCAGUUAUUACAAAGCAGCAUCAACAGAUUAAAGCUCCUGAUUGCUCAUCUCACAAAAAAUUAAAAAGGAGGCUUUUGAAGUGUGGAAUUCCAAAUAUGCAUCUUGGCUCAAAAUUACUCAGAGCAUCAUUAGGCAUUCGGAAAAAGAAGAAAUAUAAAAAGAGCAAGCGCCGUUCUUCAGGGAUCCAGAAUCUCAUUAAAAAACAGUUGCUGGAGGAUAAUUGUUUUUCACCUGAUGAUGGGCCAUCUACAUCAAAGAUAUCCAAGCCAGUUUCAUUGGGUUCAACAAAUUCACAAAGAAAGAGGGCUAAAUCUCUUUCAAACUGCAGAGUUGAUUCCCUGAUGGAUACUGUGGAUGAAGCAUUUGAGGAUAGUAAUAGCCAGAAUGGCAUUGUAGUUUCAAUUCAUAAACAGUUAAAAGAGGGCUCGCUAUCAAUAUCUAAAGCAAACCAGCAGGAUACUAAUGUUCCCGAAUGUACAGAAGGUGGCAAAAAAGAUGCACAAGAGAAUGGAUUCAUGUGUAUGCUUACUCGAGGUCUGCAAGAGAAUGCAGUUGCACCUUGGGAGGGGAUAGAGUUGCCUCAAUCACAGAUUGUGGAAUCAAAUACUACAGAAAAUCUCCGAAUUGGUUAUGUGCCAGAUGAGUGGGAUGAAGAAUAUGAUCGAGGUAAGAAAAAGAAGUUGAGGCACAAUAGGCACAACUUUGGUGGGCCAAAUCCUUUCCAAGAAAUUGCCAGCAAAAAAACAAAAUUUAAAAAGGCAAAGAUGGACCAAUCUAGAUCUGGAAACAAACCAUUCAGGAUAUGAAAUUGUUUGUAUCGAUGUGGGUCAACACGAUUUGUCGACAUGCUGUCAUUGUACGUAGCAAUUGUUGCUGUGUUGUUAACAAGUUUUGUAAGAUUUUUUUGUUCUAUUUACUGGAGGAGAAGGAAUGAGAUACGCUGCUGAGAGAGAUCGGGAAUGAGGGACUGGGAUAAAUAUGAUGUUAAGACUGAGCCUUAAUAGCUUUCCUGUUGAGUAGUGUAAUACGAUUUUCUUGUGUUAGCAGUUGAAAGAACAUAUUGAAAUGAUGUAAUGCUUCAUUUUUAACCAAGAAGUGACUGCUGGGAAUCAUGUUGUUCAA